UCUGACAUUUAAAUCUUUUCUUUCCUGUCAUUCACUUUCUCGCUACACUUCAGACUAGUUUAUCUGCAUUUGCUCCCAUUCCAUUCGGUUAAAUAACAAAAAUGAAUAACAAACGCAGCUCCGAUGGUCCUUGGCCCACUAAGCAAGAGCGCGUAGCAGUUGCCGAAAGCAGUGACAAGGCCACCUCAACCAAUUUGGAAAGCACUGCAAAAAUGGCAGUCCAGAACGAUGAGCACUUGCGCAAGAUAUUUAUUGGUGGGUUACCCACGCAGACUAGUCCGGAAACAUUGCGCAAUUUCUUCUCACAGUUCGGCGCAGUGGCCGAUGCUGUGGUCAUGCGUGAUCCCGUGUCCAACCACUCGCGCGGCUUUGGCUUUGUCACUUUCGUCGAUCCGGGCUCCGUAGAGAAUGUGCAGAGCACCCGGCCACACAUUAUUGAUUACAAAACUGUGGAAACCAAGCCCGCCCUGCCGCGGCUGGAAUUCAACAAACCACCCGGAAUGGGCAAUGACCAGACGAACAAAAUAUUUCUAGGUGGACUGAAGGACUGCCACACCGAGGCCAUUAUCCGCGAUUAUUUCUCAAAGUUUGGCCCAAUCAUGAGCAUCAAGCUGCUGAUGGACAAGGAGACCGGGCGCAAGCGGGGCUUCGGCUUCCUGGAGUACGAGGAUAUCGACAGUGCUGAAAGAUCUUUGGUUCAGACAAAGCACGUCAUCAACUCAAUUACGGUCGAGGUGAAGAAGUCAGCUCAAAGACCCGAUCCUGUUAAACGUCUUCGUUUUCCCGUUGGCGGGGCUGCCCGUGCCGGCUACGGGCCACCACAGCCAGCCGUGAUGGACAGACACUGCUACAAUGCACACUACAAUCCGUACGUGGCACAGUCCAGCCUGCCGCCUUCGGCCUAUAUCAAUGGCUGGGCCUCGUAUGUCACCCCCGUGGUACCAUCAGUGCCGCACAUCUACUAUGCCCCAAUACAGUCCUCCGGCCAUGGGGCUUUCGGAGGCACCCACUCUGCCUAUAAUACGCCCCAAAAUUCGGGCGGCAGCAGCAAUCUCAUCGAAUGUGUGGCACAGACCGGGCCAAAGCCUCACCAGACUUCGACCAAUCAGCGUCCCAUCAACGAUUACAAGUCGGUGCAGGCUGCAGCUGCAGCUGCUGCUGCUGCUGCUGGUGCCGCAGUGGCUAGGGAUAACGUGGUUGAUAUUGGCGCUGGAGGAGAUGCAGCUGUUGCUGCGGACAAGAAGUGGUCCACCGAAAACAACAAAGUGGUCAAGCCAUCACAGUCGCUUGACCAUUCCAAUCGCUUGACCCGCUAAAAAUUGUGACUCCCUCUACCCGCAUAUGGCAGGGCAUGUAUAGGAUGUCGGCGGGCGUGGCACACAUUUACUUCAUGGGAGCGACGACACAUUCAUUGAUAGGUUCAGCUUGGGACCAAACUUAUUUGCUAAAUAUUUGUUGAAUACACCGAAUAACACGACAUUCUCUAUGAGAACGAGAAAUGAAAAAGCUACACACGUACCUAAGAGCGAUAAAUUCUCUCGCACGGCGAUUGAGAUAGAGGCCAUGUAGAUUAAUAUUUAAUAAAACCAUUUAUACAAGAAAUUCAGAAUAUAAUAAAGAAAUUAAAAAUA